CACUAUUUAUUUAAUUAUUACAUUAUUAUUCGACUGUGGAAAACAAAAUCUGGAACCAGACUUUUUCGUCUUUCUUCGUCUUCGCCCUCGUCUCCUCUCUCUCUCUCUCUCUCUCCCCUCAACUACUACACAUGCAUCAGUCAAGUUGGACCCUUGGCAAGCCUGAAGGGUUUCGUUAACGAUUUCCCUAGCUGAAGGGUUGUGUUGGUAACCUUGGAGGUCUUUGAUUUUGUCGCCGGCAAGUUACCAUCACUUUGCUUGGUGUUUUGCCUAUUUUCUUAAGGAGUUUGUUGGAAUCUUCUUUAGCCAAAUCUUUGUUGCUUUUGUUUGUGACAAGACUUGAAGAAUUCGGUUUGUAUGUUUGAUUUUUUGUAAUAACUGGGUAUCGGUGCUUUUCCGAGAAGCAAAAUCAAAGUAAUUAAUUUUUAUGAUUUGCGGUUCUGGCAUUUGAGUGGCGUUGAUUGCAAGCUGAUACGGGAAAUAGUUGUUGCACCACUCUUCAAUGGAUUCAAUUCAAAAUAAAGUUCAUUACUGUUGUGUUUCUAAAGGUAGCCACAUCCUGUAUGCGUAUAGUGGUGGAGAUAAAGAAGUUGAGAAUGUCACAGCCUUGUGCUUGGAGGCGGUUCCUUCUUUCCACAGGUGGUAUUUCGAGACAAUAGGCAAAAGGACUUACGGGUUUUUAGUGGAAGAUGGAUAUGUUUACUUCACAAUUGUAGAUGAAGGUCUUGGUAACUUGGUAGUUCUUCGGUUUCUGGAACAUGUCAGAGAUGAAUUCAGAAAGGUAGCUAGAAAAGGUUCAAGGGGAUUUUUGCCAAACGCGAAUUCAGUUUACAUUCAAGAGAAAUUGGUUCCUGUCAUUCGUAAUCUGAUCACUUCAUUAGAGAAUGUUUCACAUAGUGGUAGUAAUUGGAGAGACGAAACUUCCUCGACUUUUGGCAUUGGUCCGUCUCCAUCACCAAGUAAUUUGAAUGGACAAAUUGAAAGUGUUGUUUCAACCAAAGCCCCUUUAUUGGGAAAAUCUAGCAAGCAAGAGAAGAAGAAAGUAAAGGAUCAUGUGAUUGCAAUGAGAGAUGUUGAGUUAGAGGAGCAUAAAAAAUCUACAGAUAGAGGAUCAAGGCCUGAUUCAGGAAAUUUAGACGGUAUUAGCCAAGGUGGUGCUGCUACAUCUUCUUCUUUGCAAAAGGAUAUGGGUUCAAUGAGGACGAGAUCAGGCCCUCAAAACGUUCGUAAGAAAUGGUGGCGCCAAGUACGCAUUGUUCUAGCUAUCGAUGCAGCUGUUUGUAUAAUAUUAUUUGUCAUCUGGUUAGUAAUAUGCCGUGGUAUAUCAUGCAUUCGAUAGAACUCAAUCAUCUUAUGUGACUCCGAAUUUGAUCGUUAUCGUAUUGGAAGUCGAGAUUGCCCGUGCCUGAUCUGAUCAUUUACAGAAAUUAGUUUCUUUAGUGGAGUAUUUAGUUGGAAGUUACAUAUUUCUGCUGUUAUUUAAGAUUUAUUUUUAGGCAUGUGCUUCUGGUUAUUCAUAUAUGAGCUUUUUAAUUAUAGAAGUCUAUGUACAGUUUCAUUACUUUUAAACAUCUGUACUUGUAUAUGAAUUUUGGAAAGAUUUUAAAGGUUUGGUCUGUUUCUAUA